AGACGGCGCCAUCUCAGCGCGCCGGGGGCAGGGGAGGCGGCGGGAAUGGGGGCUCCCGCUUGGUGUUGGGCGCUGCGGGCCGCCCGGUUCCCCGUCGGCGGCGGGAGGGCUCUAAGGGCGCUGCGGAGCGGACCGAGUGGCGGGUUCGCUGCUUGCGCCGUUUCAUUUGCCGAUUCCGCGUCCUCAAGCUCCAGGGAUGAGGCUCUAAGGGACAAACGUGCCCAAAUCUUGUCACGCGGGCUGCCAAAACAGAAGCCCAUAGCAGGAGUUAAGCAGGUGGUGGUAUUGGCUUCUGGAAAAGGAGGUGUUGGAAAAUCAACAACAGCAGUAAAUGUAGCCCUCGCCCUAGCAGCAAAUGAUUCGACAAAAGAAGUUGGAUUACUAGAUGCAGACAUAUAUGGACCUUCGAUUCCAAAGAUGAUGAAUUUAAAAGGAAACCCAGAAUUAACACCAAAAAAUCUAAUGAGGCCUCUUAAGAACUAUGGAAUUGCAUGUAUGUCUAUGGGUUUCUUGAUAGAAGAGACUGCACCUGUUGUAUGGAGAGGACUCAUGGUAAUGUCAGCUGUUGAGAAAUUGUUGAGACAGGUAGAUUGGGGUCAACUAGACUAUUUAGUAAUUGAUAUGCCUCCUGGGACUGGAGAUGUACAGCUGUCAGUAUCACAGAAUAUUCCAAUUGCAGGAGCUGUGAUCAUCUCCACUCCACAAGACGUGGCUUUAUUGGAUGCACGCAAAGGAGCUGAAAUGUUUAGAAAAGUCCAUGUACCUGUUUUAGGACUGGUUCAAAAUAUGAGUGUUUUCCAGUGUCCCAAAUGUAAGCACGAGACACACAUUUUUGGAGCUGAUGGUGUAAGAGAUCUAGCAAAAACCCUUGGAUUGGAUAUUUUAGGAGACAUUCCACUGCAUGUUAACAUACGGGAGACGUGUGAUUCAGGGCAGCCGGUUGUGAUCUCACAGCCUCAAAGUGAUGCCGCUAAAGCCUAUCUAAAGAUAGCUAUGGAAAUAGUAAGACGACUGCCAUCACCUCCUGUUUGAAGUGUUUAUCACUGGAACUUAGCAAAAAAGCAUCUUUUGGUGCGACCAAUACAGAAGAGUCCUGCUGCCUAAUUGAGUGGAUGCCAUAUUUUAGUUGUAAGAACUUUUUUUAGGUGAUGAUUUACCAGAGGUUAAAUGAUGAAUGUGAUUUUUACUUUCUUCACUGAAAACCAGAUGUUGUGCCUGAGCUCAGUUUGACAAAGGAUGCAAAUAAUCAAAAUAAAUUAAAUUUAUGAUUGCA